GUGGAAGAUUAUUUCCGUCCAAUGUUUACCCUUAUCCCAAGUCGACGGAGAGCUUAAAACGCAGCGACAGAUAGCCAAUGUCUCGGUAUACUGUUCCUAGUACUGGAGCAAAGCUCAGAGUUAGCAAUCUAAUACCCGAUAUUCUUUAUGGAUAUACCGAUGGAGCAUUCCCUCAGCAGCAAAUGCAACCUAUCUCUAUGGGGAUUGACACGUGUUAGCCAACAAUCAGGGCCUGUUAUACCCAUUCUUCGCCAUCGAUUUCAAGAGGGAUGGCCCUGGUGGAACUGGCAGUUUGUGGGUAGCAAUGAAUCAGUGCCUUGGCAGUUCUACGUCCUGUGCCAACAUUGCGGAACGCCUCAACCGCCAGCUGAGGGAUUGCAAGAGCGAUGAGAUUAGGCCCAUCAACAGCGCUACGUUUAGUGUGGCAAUGAACGGUACAAAGGCCCGACUCUAUAUCUCGUGGAAGCAUAAUGAUAUCGAUUACUACAUGCGGAGGGUCAAGAGCUUCUUGCCUCAAGACCCUGGGCACUACAUCGAGUUCGGCAAGUACGUUCGGAACAUCAUCGACUGGGGGAAGGAUAAGCGGCUCAACGAGAUCCGGGCCUCCCUAGACAAGCUUUUAGAGGAGGGCAGGAAGAGAACUUCCGAGGCGGCGAAGUCUCGCCAGCCGCCAUCUGGUAGUUCCGCGACCAGCAGUAAAAAACACAAGCCCUCAUCGUCUACCUAGCUAGGUCCAGCUAAAUAGAGGCAGAGCCGCAACAUAUACCUCGGUGGAGGCCGCGUUAUGCGCGGAUGACCUACUAUCGAAGCUCGGAAGCAUCCGUGAAGGUAAUAGUUGGCCGCGGUGUGGAUGACGAAGCAUUGACAGCUGGCUAUAUCGGCAGAGGCAGGCGGGUAUGGGAACUAGCGCC